AAACAGUGAGGAUCAUAAUGAAUACAGGCGCUUGUGUGAUAUUUAAGAAAACAGCAACAUUUCCAAUGCAGCAGCAACAUUGCCCGCACACAGCGAGUGUCGCCCGUUAUUAUUCGACUCUCUGAAUCCACUGGAAGUGUAAAACAAUUUUUAAAACAUUUACAUUUCCCUGCUCCAACCGAGGCAGGGCCUGGGGGUGAGGAAGGGAGAGGAAGGCAGAGGAGAGGAGCGCGGCGGCACUGGUGGUGUUAUGAGGGGCCCGACGUGCGCUCUGGCUGGCGUCGCGGAGCCCCAAUCAGCGGCCAUCACACCCGGCGUUUGAGCGUGCCAUUGGCUGGUGGGGAAAGGAGCUGCACGCAAAACCAACCCCGCCGCUCGCACUCGCCUCACAGAAGCCGAGCUGAGAACAUCAUCCGCUUUGAGCGCUUAGGCGCAGUGAUUACAUCCUCACGGGGAGCGACAGAGAGAAAGUCCCUGUUAUUCGCCGAGCCUUUAUUUUUAGAAGUUGCAUUCGUGAAAGAACCGGGGCGCUGUGUGAAUGGGAGUUGUUUGCCCUCCUUUUUUUUACUUCUUCAUGUGGAGUUUCCUGUUUUUUGUAUUGUGACUUUCUGUGAAGAAAGGGGGCUGUGUGUUCUGUGCACGGAGGAGUGCUGGCGAUGCGUCCUGGCUGCGCAGCCUGCAAUGUUUGCGCUGACGCCAAAAACUCACAGACCGGCGCAGAAUUGAUUAAAACGGAGAAGCUCGGAUCAAAUGGCUGCGCUUCUCACAGCUGAAACGACACAAUGUUCCACUGACCCGAGGCAGAGGAGAGGCAUUUUGGAAUCGGACAGCCUUGUUGCUGCUUUUUUCACUGCCUUUUUACGGACAGGGGAAAUGGGAAAUGCUCAUUUCUUGUAAGAAAAAGGAGUAACACUGUUGUCGUUUUGGUUUUUUUCCCCGUCUUGAAGUGCACUUUGUGAGAGGGGGAGGAAAUGAUUUGGUUAAUAUUCCUGCUCUCCAUCCUGGAUGGAGCUGUUGCUCAGCUACACUACUCCGUGCCAGAGGAGCAGGAGCCCGGCUCUGUGGUUGGGAAUAUCGCGGAGGAUUUGGGGCUUGACAUCACCAAACUUUCCGCUCGCCGCUUUCAGACGGUGCCUAGUUCACGGACACCUUACCUGGAGGUGAACUUAGAAAACGGCGCGCUCGUGGUGAAGGAGAAAAUUGACCGGGAAGAGAUCUGCAAGCAGACCACCCAGUGCCUAUUGCACCUGGAGGUGUUUCUGGAGAACCCGCUGGAGCUCUUUCGCGUGGAGAUCGAGGUGAUGGACAUCAACGACAACCCUCCCAGCUUUCCCGAGACGGACAUUUCCGUGGAGAUAUCGGAGAGCGCCAUCCCCGGCACCCGCUUCCCGGUGGAGAACGCCUUCGACCCCGACGUGGGCACAAACGCGCUCAGCACAUAUGCCAUAACGAAUAACAACUAUUUUUACCUCGACGUGCAGACACAGAGCGACGGGAAUAAGUUUGCAGAGCUGGUGCUGGAGAAGCCGCUGGACAGGGAGCAGCAGGCGGUGCACCGCUACGUGCUGACUGCCGUGGAUGGAGGCAUCCCGCAGCGGACCGGGACGGCGCUCCUGGUCGUUAAAGUUCUGGACUCUAAUGAUAACGCGCCCACAUUCGACCAAUCUGUGUACACUGUUAACCUGCGGGAAAACUCCCCCGUGGGCACUCUAGUCAUCCAGCUCAACGCCACGGACGUUGACGAGGGACAAAACGGGGAAAUAGUUUAUUCUUUCAGCAGUCAUAACGCCCCGCGGACAAAGGACCUAUUCAAUAUUGACGCCAGAACAGGUAGGAUAGAGGUGGCGGGGGAGGUGGACUAUGAAGAGAGCAAUACGCACCAGAUUUAUGUACAGGCUAAGGAUCUUGGGGCCAAUGCGGUCCCCGCGCAUUGCAAAGUGCUGGUCAAACUCGUGGACGUGAACGACAACACGCCGGAGAUCGGUUUCAGCACUGUGACCGAGUCCGUGAGCGAGCAGGACGCGCCGGGCACCGUGAUCGCCCUUUUCAGCGUCUCAGAUCGGGACUCGGGCGAAAACGGACAGAUGAGCUGUGAGAUACUGGGAGACGUUCCGUUCAAACUGAAGUCGUCUUUCAAGAACUACUACACCAUCGUGACGGACGGGCCGCUGGACAGAGAGAGCACGGACUCAUACACCAUCACCGUGGUGGCCAAAGACAAGGGUCAGCCUUCCCUCGCCACCAGUAAGUCAAUCAAAGUGCACGUCUCCGACGAGAAUGACAACGCGCCCCGUUUUACGCAGGCUGUCUAUGAUGUGUAUGUAACAGAGAAUAAUGUGCCCGGCGCUUUCAUUCACGCCGUGAGCGCUUUGGACCCUGAUAUAGGACAAAACGCUCUUAUUACCUACUCCAUAUUGGAGUGUGACAUACAGGGCAUGUCUGUGGACACAUAUGUGUCCAUAAACCAGGACACCGGCUACCUUUACGCGCUGCGCUCUUUUGAUUAUGAGCAGCUGAAAGAGUUUAGCUUCAUGGUCCAGGCUAAGGACUCGGGUCCCGCCGAGCUCUUCUCUAAUGCCACUGUAAACGUGAUCAUAGUCGACCAGAAUGACAACGCUCCGUCUGUAAUAGCCCCCAUCGGUAAAAACGGCACAGCCAAAGAGCACUUGCCGCGCUCUGCGGAGCCCGGCUACCUGGUGACGCGCAUUGUAGCCAUGGAUGCGGAUGAUGGUGAGAACGCGCGGCUCUCAUACAGCAUCCUUCGGGGCAACGAGAUGGAGAUGUUCCGCAUGGACUGGAGGACAGGGGAGCUGAGGACAGCCCGCAGGAUCUCUCCCAAGCGCGACCUGCAGGGCUACUACGACCUGCUGAUCGAGGUGAGGGACCACGGGCAGCCCCCUCUCUCCUCCUCCGCCAGUGUGAGCGUAAUCCUAGUGGACAGCGUGGUCGAAGGCCGCAGCGGGGAUCGCGGCUCGGCCUCCAAGGCGAAGGAGACCUCUCUUGACCUCACCCUCAUCCUCAUCAUCGCCCUGGGCUCCGUUUCCUUCAUCUUCCUCCUGGCCAUGAUUGUGCUGGCCGUGCGCUGUCAAAAGGACAAGACGCUCAACCUGUACACGUGCCUGCUGGCCGGCGACUGCUGUUUGUGCUGCAGCGCGUGCUGCAGCCGUCAGGCUCGGGGCCGGAAACAGAAGAAGCUGAGUAAGUCCGACAUCAUGUUGGUCCAGAGCACCAAUGUGACAUCCGGGGUCGGGCCCGUUGGGCAGGUGCCCGUGGAGGAGUCUGGUGUGGGCGGCGUGGUCGGGGGAUUCGGCUCCCACCACCACCAGAACCAGAACUCCUACUGCUACCAGGUGUGUCUGACACCGGAGUCCGCCAAAACGGAUCUGAUGUUCCUCAAACCGUGCAGUCCCUCCCGCAGCACCGACACGGAUCACACCAACCCCUGCGGCGCCAUAGUCACCGGUUACAGUGACCAACAACCGGACAUCAUAUCCAAUGGCAGCAUUCUGUCUAAUGAGACAAAACACCAACGAGCAGAGCUCAGCUAUCUGGUGGACAGACCCAGACGUGUCAACAGUUCGGCAUUCCAAGAAGCAGACAUCGUCAGCUCCAAAGACAGCGGUCACGGCGACAGCGAACAGGGCGACAGUGACCACGAUGCCACCAACCGGGGUCAUUCGGCCGGUGCUGACCUGUUCUCCAACUGCACGGAGGAGUGCAAGGCUCUGGGCCACUCCGACCGCUGUUGGAUGCCGUCGUUUGUGCCGUCGGACGGGCGCCAGGGGCCGGACUACCGCAGCAACCUGCACGUCCCCGGCAUGGACGCCACGCUGCCCGACACUGAGGUACCCUCCUCCGUCAACCUCUCCGACCAGCUCACCAUGACCUCGUCCACCGCCUCGUCCACCGAUAGGUCAUUCUCCACCUUUGGCAAGGACGGUCAAAGGUCACAGUCACACCACAGCCUUCACCAUCACCUACAUCAGCAACAGCAGCAGUACAGCUCCAGCACGCUAGAGAGGAAAGAGUAUGAUAGGGGGACCCUACCGUACAAACCCACCUUUCUCUCCCGCAAAAGGAUUUGCUAGCUCGUUCCAUGUGGACCUGUCAGAGACGGCGUGAGAUUUCGGUACCAGACCGCCAAGACCGAUGCUAGAGACAGCGAAACAAAACUAAACUAACAGCAACCUGGACAACAACAACCUUGGUUAAAUUGCAUUAUCCCGGGUGGCGAGCGGUAACGAAGCCUUGGCUGUGGUCGCCACGGGAGGAGAGAGAAAUAAAUACUGAGUAGCUGUAACCCUCUAGAUAUCCGAGGAGCAAUUCAAGGCCUUAUUCCUCUCAGCGGGACUGAGACCGGGGCCAAUACACUCAACAUGUGAAGAUUAUAAAAAUCAGCAGCAGCAAGAGGAGAGGUACUGAAAAGAACGCAGGACUACAAAACCACAAGUGAUAAGAAGAGAGGCCGAUUAACUCGCGGAGGUGUUUUUGUGUUUUUUGGGGGGGACUGAGGAGUUAGCCUCUAGAGAUCUGUGUGUGCCUGUUUACAUGAAGAAGAAAAAAAACGACUAAUGUUUCUGUACAAACUUCAACCAACGUCACACGGAACCCUUUAGCUAUUUCUAUGGUCACCAUUAAGCCAACUGUACAGAGACUGUGUGGGGGGAACAGAAGGAGGCUGACAGCCAGCUUGAACGCAAGAGACUGAGUGAGGGUCAGACAAUUAGACAACAAGUCAGAGAGCAGGUGUUGUACAGGUAUGAAAUGACUGGGGGGGGGGGGGGGGGGGGGGGGGGGGGGGGGGAAGGAAAAGUGGACAAGUAGAGAAGAUGUGCAGUACUAUAGAUUCUGUAUCUCUGGUUUUUCGACUUGACUGUCUUUAUAUAACUUCUCUCUUUUUUUGGUUUCUGUUGUUCUUUCGGUGUGGUUAAAGUGUGCAGACUCUAACAUAUUCCAACCGUACAGUUACAGACAGGAACAUGCAGCCCGGAGCCGGGUUCAGGCCUCUUUUCGGGUUUAGCCACUUCAGGAAGGCGCGUUCGACAAAUAAAGACGACGCAUAUGGGGGGGGGGGAAAAAGCCGCUAAAAACAAUCCUCGUGUUCAGUCUGUCAAUAAAUAUCACAAAUGAAUGUUCUCAUCUCUACACUAGUGACUAACAACUCUCAAGUUCCCUUCCUGAGCUGACUGCAGAGAAAGUGAAAUGAGCCUCCGCCGGGAUGUGGUUCCCUUGACGCCAUUGGCCUAUACAUAAACAAUCAGACACAUUCAGUGGUUUUUAUCAUGUGUGCAAAGUGUUUACUGUGCUAUUUUAAAAAGCUUAUAAAUGAAUAUAAAUCUAUAUAUAUAACUAUAUAUAUAUUAUACACAAUAUACUUUUUUCUGAAAACUGUGUAACCAUUGGUUAGUUUCUACACCUCAUAUUGUCAUUCAAUCUAACAAUACAAAGUACUACAAAAUCAAGACUUGUAUCGAUUAAAGCAGAGGAGGAGUGCUGCAGCCUAAAAAGGCAAACCCCUUCACACCAACCAUGGAUUAAGUUGCUGGUACCUACGUCACGUUUCACAGUUUACAGACGCUGGGUCUCGUGGUGUGUAGCGAAGACGCCAGUCUUGUUUUGGCCUGUUGUGUAUUUUUACUAGCAGAAUAUGUGUUCAUGUACAGGAAGGGGGACUAUCACAAUCGAGCUAGAUAUCAAAGUUUUACAAUCAUACAAAGAGAGACAUACACAGACAAUACAUGGUGAAGCGCACUAUGGCACCCGCGCGCACACGCACACACACACACACGCACACAAACAACACAGGUCAAGUGGUGAUGAAUAAACGGUGUAAUUGAA